CAUUCAUCACCUCCACCAAACUUGUUCGAAAUUGGAAUGAAACUUGAAUCAACGGACCCACGAUGUACAACUUCGACAUGUCUGGCGACAGUGAUGGCAAAGUUUGGUCCAAGGCUUCUGCUACGUUUAGAUGGAUCUGGCUCAAGUAACGAUUUUUGGGUCAGCGUCGAUUCCAGUUGCAUUCAUCCGAUCGGAUACACCGAGAAGAGCGGCGGCAUGCUGCAGCCCCCAUUAGGUAAGUUGUUUUGCAAUGUAAUCAAUGGCAUGAAAGAGACGCUGGGCAAAAAUCCCCCCAAGCAUCCUGGUACAAAUAAAUUUGAAGUGGGCAUGAAGCUUGAGGCCAUAGAUCCAAAAGAACCGAGAAUGAUCUGUCCGUCAACCAUCGUACAGGUGAAGCCUGACAAGGUCGAAGUGAUGUUCGACGGCUGGAAAAUUCGUCAAUGGUAUGCUUUCGAUUCGAAGCAGUUAUUUCCGGCCAAUUGGUGGCAGAAGAUCGGCGUCAAUGUCACUCCACCUCCAAACAAGAUGCGCUGCGUACGAGGUCGUUGUCUGCCUGUUUACAAGAAGCCUACUACUCCUUCGAUUAUGCCUACGACGACUUAUUUCGACGUUGCUCAGUGCAGUAGCGGGGGAUCUCGUGUGAACGGCUUGCAUCAAAAACUGACCUGCUCUGAAAUAUCAACGUCGGUCGCACUGAAGGAGAACAACACAUCCAUGAAAUUCUCUCCGCAUCGAUCUUGUCCUCCCACACCUUCCCAGCGAGGAUCAGGACGCAAAAGCGACCUCCGCAUGUGCUGCACCCACGGACUGUAUAGAUCUGAUGCAGUCGUCGUAGACCUCUUCGGCUCCAAACACCGACCAAAUGCUACUUCCACAUUCGCCUCCGAGUCCAGUCCAAACCAUAGUACAAAGUACGUCAGUUCACCGAUGCUCAACGGCGGAAGCGCUGCCGAACAGUAUGUUUCUACCUUCGCCGUCAAUAGUGAUAUUGAGCCAAACGAGCGAGACGUCAUGAUUGGUUGUGAUGACUCCGACGCCACUCGCAAAUUUUGUAUUUAUCUAAACGCUUCCUGUCGUCUUGGAUCCUGGCUUGACCCUCUGAAGCUGUGCGACGCCCCGCGGAAGUUCGGUCCUGCAAAUCUAAACCAUGUGAUGCGCAUGGUUAUACAGACCCUACUCGAUUGCGCCCUGGAUGUGCGUGCCGUAUUCUCUGCCAUACCAAGGGGAGAAGGUUAUGUGACCGUCACGGCUGAUCUGGAUGGCGUCGCAUACGUGCGCUACCUACCUGUGUGGGGUCGAGCGGAAACCGCUUGGGUUUACGUGUCUGAACUAUGCAGUUUGCUCGGUUGCUGUCCUAAUCUGAUUAGCGGUGAACCGGUUUGUAAGCGAUGCUGUGGACAGAAGGAGGUUCCACGCGAGGCGUGCUUCCAUUCUCCUCCCAAAAAAUUGCGACGAAUUUGUGACAAAGAUCCAAACAGCUGGUCAGUCGAUGACGUCUUCCUUUUCGUCUCAAGUGUUGUGGACGAACAGUCCGCGGAUUUGUUUCGGAAACAGGAAAUCGAUGGCAGUGCUUUGUUUCUUUUGUCCAAUGAUAUGAUGAUCAAAUAUUUGAACGUUCGUCUCGGUCCAGCUGUGAAAAUAGCAGGUGCCAUUGAAAAAAUGAAGAUGAAUCGCAAAGUGGUUAAUCUGUACGCAUAA